AUGACGAAAAUAUAUCAUCCGAAUAUAAAUCCCAGUGGUAGUAUCUGCUUAGAUAUCCUCCGUGGACAAUGGUCUCCUGCCCUCACAAUAUCGAAAGUUCUACUCUCAAUUUGUUCACUAUUGACGGACCCCAAUCCAGAUGAUCCUCUAUGCCCGGACGUCGCACGUCAGUACAAAACAGAUCGUAAGAAAUACGAUGAGUUAGCUCGAGAGUGGACACAGAAAUACGCUAUGGAUCCUUGAUACGGCACUACACAAAACAUUUCGAUAAACGUAUUUUCUCCUUUCUUCUUGUACUCAUUGAUGACGUACGUGUUACAUUUAAUGUCGGUCGAUUUUUUUCAGCCCUCGAGUAACCUUACUUUCUUAUUCUAUUCUUACUGGUUUGUCAGUUGUGCGUUUGUGAAAAUGCUCUUAAGGUUGUCACGAGUAUUUCUUCUUUUUUUU